AUGAAAGCUUCCGCUAUUUUCUCCGCCAGUGCUUUAUUGGCACUUGCUUCCGCUCAAUCUAAGACCGAACAGGAAAUUGCCAUCGUCUUAAAAGACAUUUUAGACCACCGCAGUGACUACCUAAGAUUCCAACUUGAGCACCCAGAUAUCCAACCUCCAGAAGGGUUGCUACCUGUAUACGAGGCUUACAAGACUCGUACUGACGACUCCUACACCACUUUGUUCAGCAAUAUCAACGUUGAUCAAUUCCACGCUUUGGUCACUGCUUUGCCAUGGUACAGCGAAAGAAUUGUUCCUGCUUUUGCAACUAUUGUGGAAGCUGGUGGCGCAACUGAAGCUCCAGAGGCAACCGCUGUUCCAGAAUCAGCUGAAGCUCCAGAACCAACCGAAGCUCCAACUCCUGCAGCUCCAGAACCAACUGAAGCUCCUGAAGCUCCUGAAGCUCCAGCUCCAGAAUCAACCCCAGAAGCCCCAGAAGCCCCAGAAGCCCCAGCCCCAGAAGAACCUGAAGCUCCAGCUCCAGCAGCACCAGCUGGGGGCCCAGUUGCUUCCGCUGUUGCUCCAAUUCCAACCGGUGUUACUGGAAACGCUACCACCGGUGCCCCAGCCGCUCCACCUGCGUCAACUACUCCACCAGUAGUAAACCCAGGAGAGAACGCUGGUAACAUCAAUGCUUGGUCCACUGCUUUGGGUGUAGCUGCUGCUGGUGUAAUCGGUAUGUUGUUGUGA